AUGUCGAUCGUUCCGAUUUUCUUCCGUAACUGGUGGGACGACGAGUGGGACCGUCCGUUGUGGAACUCGCGACUUCUCGACCAACAUUUCGGAAGAGGAGUAACGGCCGAUGAUCUACUAGCCGCCCUGACGUCGGUCACUGCCGAUUCCAACAACCGCCGACUUCAGCACCAACAUAGUCAUCCUUCGGGGUGUUACAUGCGUCCGUGGCACAGCUCCUGUGUGGCCAACAAUCGUGACACUGGCUCGACAGUGAAUGUAACCAACGACAAGUUCCAAAUCAAUCUGGACGUGCAGCAUUUCGCUCCCGAGGAGAUCUCGGUCAAGUACGUGGACAAAUCCGUCAUCGUGGAGGGAAAGCACGAGGAGAAACAGGACGAUCACGGAUACAUUUCGCGCCAUUUCGUACGCCGCUACAUGUUGCCGGCCGGCCACAACGAGAGCGAUAUCGCUUCGUCACUCUCAUCGGAUGGCAUCCUGACCAUCAGCUGCCCGAGGAAAGCCAUUGAACAGAAACCGGAAAAGAGCAUUCCCAUCACCCAGACAGGACAGCCACAGAAAGUAGCAGCUGAUAAAGGAACGAAUUCUAAUCGGACUUUUAAACCAAAGAGACAAGGAACACGUUUGCGAAAAAAAGCUGAAUAG